UCAUUCCUUGAUACUGACUUAUUUAUUGAUUUCAUAAUAUUUUUUUAGUGUCAUGAUUGAAAAGCUAUGCUCAUCUAGAACUAGAAAUUUAACUAUUGCUGUGAAACCAUUGAAAUACGCAUUUGAAAUAAUAACAAACAACCAGCUAGGUGGCUUUGGUGGUAAAUUUUUGGACAUUCUUUCACAAUACAACAAUUUCAAAUACAACCUGGUCACUUCGCCGGAUGGAGAGUUCGGUCGUCCAAUGGCAGGGGGUAAUUGGACUGGAUUAAUCGGCAUGGCGCAGAGAAAUGAAGCAGACAUGGCAUUUAGUCUAAUGACAGUGUCAGAAGAAAAAAUGGCAGUCGUAGACUUCAGCACACCAUACACAAUUCAAGAAGUGACUUUUUUCGUGGAAAAACAAGAAACUCCGGAUCAUGUUUUAGGCUUUUUGAAACCAUUCACCUUUACUUUGUGGAUUUGCUUGCUUGUUACUUUACUGUUAUACCCAACCGUUUAUAGGGUAUUGCUUAGUAAAAAAUAUUCUUAUGUUACAAUAUUAUUCGAACUAUAUGGCAGUAUCUUCAAACAGAUGAUUCAUUUGAAACAGCAAACAUUUAAAGCAAACAUGUUUUUAGCUGUUUGGUGGUUCUUUGUUCUAAUAAUAUCUUGGAGUUAUUCAGCGACACUUCUAACUAAUUUAACAGUGCCAACGCAAGAUCUUCCAAUUAAAAACUUUGUGGAACUUUCAUUGGCUGUGAGGAAUAGAGGGUACCGUUGCUUUGUUGAAACAGGCAGUAGCAUACCAUCCACUCUCACAUCCUCUGCAGAUGAAGAUUUGAAAUAUUUAGGCCGAGCGAUUGAGAAACAUAAAUGGUACGUCAAUUUCGAUGAUUUGGCGAAUGGCGAUGUCAGUUUGGAGAAUAUUGCAGUGUCAAACAUACAGUUGAAACUGCAAUUGUUAAGCAGACAGCUUAGCAGAAAUACAGAGAUUUCAAAGGACAUAUUGGUGUCAUGGAACAUGGCUCUCGUGCUAUCUAAAGAUUUCUGUUUCAAAGAAAAUCUCAACAAAAUAAUUCAGAGAAUGUUUAGUGCCGGCUUGUUUUGGAAGUAUCAAAAAGAUGAGUGGAGAAAAUUAGAUAGUUUAUCAGCAGACUUGUCCACACUUUCCGAAUCUGCACAAAUGAUUACCUUGGAAGAAUUAUCUGAUCUUUUUAUUUUUCUUCUUUUCGGAUACGUCAUUGCAGGGCUUGUUUUAUUAGGAGAACUCAUUUAUUUCUCGUAUUUGGAUGUACCGUCCCCUACAUAUUUACGCCAAAGCAAUAGCUUAAGUGGUGACAAAAAAAGAAAGGGUCGUUGCAGAUUUCAGUACUCCAUACACGAUUGA